AGAGGGUAAACAGGGAUAGAGCAAUGACCAGGAAGAUCAGGUCUUAAGGCUCCAUGAGUUUGAGCUCAGUGAGCGAGUAAGUGUUACGUAAGAGCUCAGCUGGAGAUCAGCGAGAGAGUCAGCAGCCAGCGAGGAGAGAAAAUAACAGCGAGUGAGCAGGGAGAAGGCGGAUUACAGCUGGAUCUGCCUCACUCGUACAACAUGCACCCUCAUCCCCCGUCUCUCUGCCAGCGGACUCAGCCAGCAUCAUGCAUGGGACCAGAGCGAGGGAUUUCCUUCAUCCACUGACAGACUGAUGACAAGAAGCUCAAGAAGACAGGAGAAGUCAACCAAAGGAGAAGAAAGUUUCUACCCUCCAUCUGAGUCUGUGAAUUCCUUUCCUCUUUCAGAGCUCCUCUUCAUCACAUGCCAGCAUGGCUCUAAAGGAGGCGCCAAACAGUUCCACCGUCUUUUGGCUGUUGCUGUGCCCGCUGCUCUCUUCUAUGGUUCUGGCUACGGGCCCCCCUCUGACCCCCAAGGACUUCGAGAGCCCCACGGCUGCUUUGUCUCUGGGAGACGGAGUCGGCACGACUGUGCAGCUGCAGCCAGACCUGCAGACGGAACCUCAGACACCAUCAGAGGCACCGACCGCAGCAGGGGAGCAGACAACUGCACCGACUGCAGCAGGGGAGCAGACAACUGCACCGACUGCAGCAGGGGAGCAGACAACUGCACCGACUGCAGCAGGGGAGCAGACAACUGCACCAACUGCAGCAGGGGAGCAGACAACUGCACCGACCGCAGCAGGGGAGCAGACGACUGCACCGACCGCAGCAGGGGAGCAGACGACUGAACCAACUGACCCAACAGAGGCUCCUGCAGAGAGGCAGAGCACCACUAGUAACUCCACAGGUCUGUCGUGCCCCCCCAUCCUGCCGCCCCGCCGGGGCUCCUUCUAUGUUGAGGGCGGCUCUGGAGUCUCAAUCGGGAGCGUCCUGGCCUUCUGGUGCAGAGAGGGUUACCAGCUGGUGGGCAGCGAGAAAAUCUACUGCAGCGUCCGGAAUGGAAAGGCCCAAUGGAGCAACAACCUGCCCGUUUGUGAAGCCAUCCCCAGACCAGAGGACCGCGGGUUGAGAGUGGCCGUGCUGGCUUCAGUGGUGAGCGGCAUCGUCAUCUUCGCCAUGUCCCUGUCCUUCCUCAUCUGCUGCCUGCAGGAGCGAAACAGUCGCAGUCGCUCCAGGAAGGAGGGGCGCAGCAGACGCAGGGACAAGCGAGCGUCCCGCCGCAGCGAGUGCUGGCUGGAGAGGGAGGAAGGGGACUGGGAGGCUUUCCCUCCGCCCAAGAUCUUCCACCUGUCUCAGAGGAUGAACCCCCGCCUGGCCCCUGACAGCCCCCUCUACCUGACAGCAGGGCUGGGGGGGUAUGAGAACAGAGGAUACCAGAGAAGUCUGCAAAUACCGAGUUCCAAAGCAGACAUGAAGGACAUGCAGCGGGUGUAGGACAGCCCCACCCUUACUGCAUGCUCGGUGAACUUUUCCUGCCAUUCAACAGGAAGUAGUUUUUUUUUUCUUACCGAAAAGUUCAAUGGAGAAAACCUUUCACAGGAACGUCUGGUGAAGUGAGGCUGAAUCAAACGUCAGGACUUUUCUGAAGUUUUUCACGAUCAGCUCCCAGCCUGAUCCCCGCAGGUCCCUGGAGAUCCAGUUAAUAAGACGUUUUAAUGCUUACUGGGGAGAACUGAGUCAGAUUGGGAGAUUUAUAUGGAUCAACCUCAAUCAGAACAUUGUUGUUGAGGCCACUAUGAUCUAACAGAUCGGUUUGUCGUCUCUCUCUCUCUCUCUCUGUGUUAUAUUAUCCUUCAUUCUUCUAAACCCGUUUUGUCCCUUUCGGGGUCACGGGGCUGCCGGGGGCGAUGGCUGGGGACACCCUGGAGAGGUCACCAGUCUGUCGCAGUGUUAUCUUAUCCUCCCUGACAAAAGCCUCUUUCAUGGUUUGGAUGGUUUCGGCCUCUGAUUUUUCAGGGAUCACAGCAAUCUGUCCUGGUUUGGGUUUUUUUGCCUUAGUCUUUGUUUCCUUUUUUUUCUGUCCUGUUUGAGUUCUGCUUCCUGUUAUAUUUUGAAGAUUUCCUGCAUGUCAUGAUUCUGAGUUUUACUUCCCUGGUCCCGUCUCUCCUGUUUGUUUUCACCUGUCAGAUGGACUGUAAGAGCCCCUCACUGACCAGAGCUUUAUUUUUCAAUACAUUUGAGUAGAAACACUAAAAGAAAAUGAAAAGAAAUGUGCACUUUACCUUCAUUCUGAAUGGUUUGUGCUGUUGUGUCUUAUGUUGAUCUAUUUUCUGUCACUGGUUUGUGAAAUAACAAUAUGGCUGCCAUUGAAAUGAAUAAAGAGACUUUGUUUGGAUCAA